AUGGUGGUCCCCAUCACGGUCGCCGACGGCGUGGCCCCUCCUCCCGCCCCUGAGGACGUCGCCGCCAUCCUCAACGUCGUCUUCACUGCGAAGACAUCCAAUCAAUCCAUUGAUGCCUGCUAUGCUCUUUGCGAGCUGCUCCUGAGCUCGGUCGGCUUCCGCGGCCUGUACACCUACCGCAUCCUCGACGAGAUCAAGAAGGCCGCUGCCGACAAGAAAAGUGGUUUCCGUCGCGAGGGCGCCCAGAACCUUCUUGGUGCCCUAUUCGAGCGCUUCCCACCACGUCAGCCCGUCUCUGAGGUCAUCUUCUUGCUGAAAGAUGGCGGUCUUCUGGGGUGCGCGCUCGAUGCGCUCGCUGACAAGGGCGCUGUCGUUCGUGAUGCCGCCCAGUACGGCAUCGAUGCGCUGGUCACCAACCUCAGCAUUGAAGCUCAGCUUGCUGGCUUGCUACCCGCACUGAUUGAGUACAUCAAGAAGUCCGGCGGCAAGUGGCAGGGUGUCGUUGGUGCGUUGAAGUUGAUGCAGAAGAUGGCCGAUAAAGCCAAGGCUGUCAUCGGCAGCACCAAGGAGCAGGCCCAAGAGCAGGACUUCUUACGCGAGGCCAUGGGCGCGAAGCUGGCUGGUCUGAUCCCGAUUGUUGAGAAUGCCAUGCUGGAUAUGAAGUCUGAGGUCGAGAAGCAGGCCGUCAGGACCAUGACGUCGCUUACCACCCUGCUCUCCAACGACGAUGUCGCCCCCCGUAUUCCGCUACUCAUCGACACCAUGCACCAUCCCUCGCCGCAGGCUCUCCAGAAGGCUAUUCAUGCCCUGUCACAGACGACCUUCGUCGCUGUCGUCACCUCGCCCGUUCUGGCCUUACUGACGCCCUUUCUCGAGCGCUCGCUGAACAACCCGACUACCCCACAGGAAGUCUUACGCCAGACCGUUGUGAUCACCGAGAACCUGACCAAGCUGGUCCACGACCCGAUCGAGGCCCGUACCUUCCUGCCAAAGCUGCAGCCCGGCAUCAAGAGCGUCGUGGACCGCGCUUCGCUUCCCGAAGUACGUGAGCUGGCCACGCGUGCUCUGGAGGUCAUGGACAAGGCUAUGGCAGGUGACAAGGCGGCGCUUGUUGAGCGCACUGCUGCUGAAGAUGUAGCUAAGGUACUAGAUACUGAGAUCAAGAAUCGGGGAGGUGUCGUUGAUACCGACACUUUCCACAUGGUUCGCCCUUAUAUCUGCGAGAUGGUCAGCGAGGACGUCAACCACCGCCAGCUGGAUCGCAUCCAGGCUCGCAUCAUACCCUAUCUGCAAGGGCUCAAUGCUGCUGCUGAUGCUGUCGCUGCUGCGGUUCACAAGUUUUAUGUCGAGGAGGACCACCGCAAGUAUGGCGAGCCUGAAAAAGAAGAUGAUGGCGAGAUCGAAAUCGUCAACGCCGACUUCUCGCUGGCCUAUGGCGGUAUGCUCCUUCUGUCACACACAAACCUGCGCUUGCUCAAGGGCCACCGUUAUGGCUUGUGCGGUCGCAAUGGCGCUGGCAAGUCAACUCUGAUGAAGAGCAUUGCUGCUGGCAAGCUUGAGGGUUUCCCUCCUCAGGAUGUGCUGCGCACUUGCUAUGUUGAGCAUAACCAGGGUGAAGAUGCCGAUAUCAGCAUCCUCGAGUACGUGUCGAAAGAUCCCCUUAUUGCCGAGGAGGAUAAGGCGCGUAUUUCCGACGUCCUAGAGGAGUUCGGCUUCACCUCUGGUCCGGAGGGCAGGCAGUCGCAGAAGGUCGGCUCUUUGUCCGGUGGUUGGAAGAUGAAGCUGGCUCUGGCCCGUGCCAUGCUGCAACGCGCUGAUGUGCUACUGCUCGACGAACCUACCAACCAUCUCGACGUCUCCAACAUCAAGUGGCUUGAGAACUACCUCAAGACGCAUACUGAAAUCACCAGUCUGAUCGUCUCCCACGACUCCUCCUUUCUCGACAACGUGACCACUGAUAUCUACCACUACGAGCCGAAUAAGAAGCUUUCACACUACAAGGGCAAUCUUGCCGCCUUCGUCAAGCAGCGCCCCGAGGCCAAGAGCUACUACACCCUGACCGCGUCCAAUGUGCAGCUCAAGUUCCCCCCUCCUGGCAUCCUCACCGGCGUCAAGUCUCAGACCCGUGCUAUCAUCCGCAUGACCAACGUCUCGUACACCUACCCCGGCGCACCGAAGCCUUCGCUCAGCGACGUCUCCUGCCAGCUGUCACUUUCCUCGCGCGUGGCUAUCAUCGGCCCUAACGGUGCUGGCAAAUCGACGCUAAUCAAGCUGCUGACAGGCGAGUUGAUCCCGACCUCGGGCAAGGUCGAGAAGCACCCCAACCUGCGUAUCGGCUACAUCAAGCAGCAUGCCUUGGAGCACGUGGAGAUGCAUCUUGAGAAGACUCCUAACCAAUACCUCCAGUGGCGCUAUGCCCACGGUGACGAUCGCGAAGUCCACCUCAAGCAGACCCGUAUCCUUUCCGAGCAGGACCGCGCUCAGAUGGAAAAGUGGAUCGAUCUCCCCGAUGGGAAGGGUAAGCGCCAGGUCGAGGCUCUCGUCGGCCGUCAAAAGUACAAGAAGACCUUCCAGUACGAAGUCAAGUGGCGUGGCUGGUUGCCGAAGCACAACACCAUGGUCUCACGUGAGACACUUCUCGAGUGGGGCUUCACCAAACUCGUGCAAGAAUUUGACGACCACGAAGCUUCCCGCGAGGGAUUGGGUUAUCGCGAGCUUCAACCUAGUGCAAUUGCCAAACACUUCGAGGAUUUGGGCCUAGACCCCGAAAUCGCGAACCACAACGAAAUCGGCUCACUCUCUGGAGGCCAAAAAGUCAAGGUCGUCAUCGCCGGCACGAUGUGGAACAACCCGCACCUCCUCGUCCUCGACGAGCCGACUAACUUCCUAGACCGUGACUCCCUCGGCGGCUUGGCCGUCGCCAUCCGCGACUUCAAGGGAGGGGUGGUGAUGAUCUCCCACAACGAAGAAUUUGUCGGCGCCCUCGCCACUGAGCAAUGGCAUGUGCGUGAUGGCAAGGUAACCAACCGCAUCAGCACGAAUGUUGCACUUGACCGGUUCGAAGAUGUCGCGUCUUCUGGCACGGCGACCCCAGCACAGCCGGGAACCAGCGUCGCUAAUAGUGCGGUUAACUCGGAUGUAGAGAAUAAUGCGGGUAGUGGUGCGGCUACGCCGGCGGGGAUUACGGAGGAGAGUAUGGCGUUUAAGGCGAAGAAGAAGAAGAAAAAGUUGACGAAGAGGGAAUUGAAGGAACGGGAGGUGAGGAGAAGGUUGAGGCAUAUCGAGUGGUUGAGCAGUCCAAAGGGAACGCCUAGGCCCCCGGAUACGGAUGAUGAGGAGGAAUAA